AUAUAGACAGUGCCAUAUUCAGAAAGCGUCGAUAUCGUAGCACAAGAUUUUUAAAGCUCCAACUGUCAAACUUGAGGUAACGUCACAAUAGAAAAAGAGCAUGGUGGAAAAUAGCAAUAUGAAUCUAAGUAUUUUACUUUUAUUCAUAGUGUUUGAGAACGUUGAAGGUCGCUGUUCCAACGUCUAUAAUGGCUAUACCUAUGUCUACUAUUGUACCUACUACAAUCCAUAUUUACUCGUUCUGGGAGCCUCCUACGGAUCAGUGAUCGGGAUCGGGAUUCUAGUAAGCUUUAUCGUUUGCUGGUGCUGUAACCAAAGGAAAAAUCAACAGGGCUGUCAUGGCGCGGUUAUUGUUCCAACUCCCCAAAGAACAAAUAAUAUCCAUGUCAGUCAUCAAUAUGGAAUCCCACAGAACCAGCAUCCUGUUAUGGCAGGCAUACCCGGUACUCAGAACUCUUACAUGUUGACACCGACACACGGUGGAAAUUCACAAGGACCAAAUUCACCUCACGUGGGUAUUCCGUCCACAAGUGCAGAUGCUGGGGAGAAUUUACCGGGAACUGUCCAAUCAGGAACAUAAAACUUAAAACUGGUUUUA